GGUUAAUUCACAGGUGUCUAAGCUAUCAAAAUGUGUUCUCUCUCAUCUUAUUUGUGAACACUCAAGUCACCAACCCCACUAUAGAUACUUUUCCUCUUUUGUUGUCUUGCAAUUGCCAAUCAUAGCAUGCCAAUUCAUCCUCUGACAUACAUUUUUUCCCUGAUAUUUGAAGUUUGCUUUACUAGAGUCUCCAAAAAUUCUAUGAAGUGGCACUGUGAAUAGUGAUGAGAAGAUUACAUGAUAUAUAUAUAUAUAUAUAUAUAUACACAUACAUAUGCAUACACAUACACACACAUACACACACAAUGGGUUCAGACUACAUUAGAGUGGGACUCUCACUCCUGAUGGUGUCAACACUGAUGUCUAGUGCAACCUCUGAUACAGCCAAGGACAGAGAAGAGUGUACACAGCAGUUGGUUGGGCUAGCCACAUGUCUGCCUUAUGUGGGAGGUAGUGCAAAAGCCCCAACACCAGACUGUUGCAGUGGUCUCAAGCAAGUCCUCAAGAGUAACAAGAAGUGUCUGUGUGUGAUCAUUGAAGAUAGGAAUGAUCCAGAACUAAGCCUCAAUAUCAAUGUCACUCUUGCUUUGGGCCUUCCUUCUGUUUGCUCUGCCCCUGCCAAUGUCUCUCAAUGCCCUGAACUUCUGCACUUGGCACCUAAUUCAACAGAUGCUCAGGUUUUCUAUCAAUUUAAUCAGAGCUCUAAGGCUAAUGCCAGUAGCCCAGUUGCUAGUGCCAAUACCACAAGUGCCAAUAGCUCGGGAACAAGUGGUUCAAAUAAUAGUGCAAGUUUGUGCGGUGGGAGGAGGUGGUUGGGAUUGGAAGUGGUUGUUGGUGGGGUCUUACUCAUCUGGUGUUUCACUCCACACUUGUUCAUAUAGAAUGAUGUUGCAAAAUUGAGAUGAAUCUUCAAAUUAUCUGUAACUUAUAUACUAUUCUAUCAUGAGUGAUGUCAAUUAUGAUCUUAAUGUAUGUAUAAUUUCAUUAAUGUAAUUCCCCGUUUCAUUGAUAUUUCUGAAAAAGAAAUUAAAAUUAUAUUUCAAUGGAUAUUAUGAGUUAUGACC